AUGGCGGCGGUCGGGGUGGGCUCGGGGCGGAAGCAGGUGCGGCAGGAGGAGCUGCGGCGCCUCAUGCGCGAGAAGCAGCGGCAGAACGCGGGAAAGAAGCGGAUCGACUCGCCCUUCGCCAAGUACAACAGCCUGGGACACCUGAGCUGCACGCUGUGCAACGCGCCCGUGAAGAGCGAGCUGCUGUGGCAGACCCACGCCCUGGGCAAGCAGCACCGUGAGAGAGUUGCAGAAUUAAAAGGCACAAAGCAGACAGCAACUGGUUCAGCUGCUAACACAUCAUCUCACCCUGUCAAGAGAAAAACUGUUGAUACAGAAAACACAGAGUUAAAGAGAGUAAAAGGUACAGAUGAAAAGCCACAUACAUCUACAUCUGGGCUACCAGCAGAUUUUUUUGAUGAAACAGAGCAAGAUAGUGCAAACGAACAGCUUUCAAAGGGUUCAGGUCCCAGUUUAUUGUCAGGAAAUUAUGAUGAUGAUGAUGAUGAUGAUGAUGAGGAAGAAGAUGAUCAAUCAAAAAAAUCUUGUGUUACGCAUAAAACUGAAAUUCCACCUCCAACUCAAGAAGUAAUAGCUAAUUCUCUGCCUGCAGACUUCUUUGACAGCAAAACUACAGCUGCUUCUAUAGUUUCCCAUUCAGGAUCCAUACAGAAAGCAGAGAUACAAGAGAAGAUAGUGGAAAGGAAAGAAAACACUGCUGAAGCGUUGCCAGAAGGUUUCUUUGAUGAUCCUGAAGUGGAUGCAAAAGUGCGGAAAGUUGAUGCUCCAAAGGAUCAGAUGGACAAAGAAUGGGAUGAAUUUCAAAAGGCAAUGCGACAGGUCAACACAAUUUCAGAAGCAAUAGUGGCAGAAGAGGAUGAGGAGGGACGACUAGAUCGUCAGAUUGGAGAAAUUGACGAGCAGAUUGAAUGUUAUCGCCGUGUUGAGCUUUUGCGUAACCGCCAGGAUCUGAUGAAGGAGAAGUUAAAGGAAGCCAUGAGAUUAGGAGCAACUCAAGAGAAAGAGGAUGAGGCUGUUGGUAGCGAAGAUGAAGAAGAAUUACAGGAUUUGCUGUCUCAAGACUGGCGGGUGAAAGGGGCUUUGUUGUAGCAUUUCUGCAACAUGGUUGAUAUUUUCUUUAUCUGUGAUGUUACUUCCAUUGUUAGAAGUGAGAUGCUUUUCUUAAAUAUUUAUUUAAAGAGGAUUGUGAGAUGGUAAAGAGCCAAGUGUAUUAAAAAAAAAAAAAUCUUUGUAGAUCUACAAUGAUGUAUUACUCGCUGUAAAAACUGUAUAUUGCAAACGUUUUACAAUAUUGAAUGUACCUUUCCUAUUAAAAUUAUUGGUUUCCUAUCAGAGGUAUUUUAAUGGGAUUAAUAAAUAACUGAAGAAUCUCUAAGGUUUUGGAAGCAUUAGAUAUAGCUGUUAAUUUUGAGGCUUGGAUUACUGUGUAUAGAAGUAAAGGACUAGCAAAAGUGAUAGUGUAUGGAGUUUUCCCAGAUUGGGGGGGUUAGGGAAAGGAAGAUACUACCCAUUUCUGUUAUCUUAAAACGUUUAAGUGCUCUUCCGUCCAUUGUCCCAGCUCCCAAUAAAAUAUGUACAUUUUUUUCAGGAUCUGUUAUAGUUUCUCUGUGUAUGUAAGGGCCAAGCUCAGAAAUGUUGAGCUGCAGCUUUUCCACGGUGUAUACCAUAAGCAGAGCUGAAUAUUUUUGUUCAUAGUAUCUUGUUUUGCUUAGUGCAGCCAUAGUGUAGCAUAUCUCAGAUUUCUUG